CACACAAGUCACAACUCAACUCAUUAAUCUUAUCCCCCAUCUCUCUCCCCUUCUCAUCUCUCUCUACAACUCUCUCCCCCCCUCUCCCACAUCUCUCUCCCUCUCUCUCUCUCCCAUACAUCUCUCUCUCUCUCCCACAUCUUUCUCCCUUUCUCUCCCAUACACAUCUCUCUCAUCAGAUCUGAAUCCAAGCUAAAUCCGAACUGCUUACAAGCUGUGUUAGAUCUGUAAGUAUAUGCGUUGAGUCCAGUGCUCAUUUCUCAGUGGCAGAUUUGUAAUUUCGCUCGUGGUAUUGGGCAGGGUUAGGUCAAAUCAGUGUGUGUUUUUAGUGUGUGUACUGGUGUUUUCAGUGUUGAGUUUGUUGUUUGAGUUCAGGGGUAUUUUCGUAAUUUCAGUAAUUUUGCUCAAUUAGGUUGAAUUGCUGUGUGUUUCUAGUGUGUGUACUAGUUUAGUUCCCAGCAAUGUGUUAAUAAUCUCGAUAAAUUAAUAGAAUUAUUAUUCGGGUUUUGUUGUGAUUUUAGUUAGAUUAGUGUGUGUAAUACUGAAAUGGCGUAUUCAUUUCCGGAAGAAGUGUUGGAAUAUGUGCUGUCAUUUAUAAAAACCGAUAAGGAUCGAAAUGCUGUUUCGUUGGUGUGUAAAUCUUGGUAUGAGAUUGAGAGGUGGUGUAGGAGGAGGGUUUUUAUAGGGAAUUGUUACGCGGUGAAUCCAAGGAUUAUGAUUAGGAGGUUUCCGGAGAUUAGGUCAGUGGAAAUUAAGGGGAAGCCGCAUUUUGCUGAUUUUAAUUUGGUUCCGGAAGGGUGGGGAGGUUAUUUUCAUCCGUGGGUGGUUGCGAUGGCUAGGGCUUAUCCGAUGUUGGAGGAGAUUAGGUUGAAGAGGAUGGUUGUGAGUGAUGAUUGCUUGGAGAUGAUUGCGAAGAGUUUUAAGAAUUUUAGGGUUUUGGUUAUGUCGUCUUGCGAGGGGUUUUCGACAGAUGGGCUUGCUUGUAUUGCUGCUAAUUGCAGGAACUUGAGGGAAUUGGACUUGCGCGAGAGUGAAGUGGAAGACUUGAGUGGACAUUGGUUAAGCCAUUUUCCUGAUACUUGCACUUCGCUUGAAUCACUAAACAUAGCUUGCUUAGGUUCUGAGGUGUGUUUCUCAGCCCUGGAGCGCCUUGUUUCUAGGUGCCCCAACCUGAGAAAGCUUCAGCUCAACCGUACUGUACCUCUUGAAAAGCUACCUAACCUUCUAAUCAGGGCCCCUGAACUAGUUGAGUUCGGCACAGGCGCUUAUUCGGCAGAACUCCGACCAGAGUUACUAUCGAACUUAGUGAAUGCUUUUGCAGGUUGCAAGAAACUAAAGGCCUUGUCUGGUUUUUGGGAUGUGGUACCGGCAUAUAUUCCAGCUAUUUAUCCAGUCUGCUGUGGACUCACAUCUUUGAACUUAAGCUAUGCCAAUAUCCAAAGUCCGGAUAUUAUAAAGCUUGUUAGCCAGUGUCAGAAUUUGCAGCGGUUAUGGGUGUUGGAUUACAUUGAAGACAGUGGCCUUGAUGUUCUUGCCACUUGUUGUAAGAAGCUAGAGGAACUACGGGUUUUUCCAUCUGAUCCAUACGACGUGGAACCAAAUGUGUCCUUAACGGAACAGGGACUUGUCUCAGUUUCUGAAGGCUGCCCCAAGCUCCAGUCUGUUCUAUACUUCUGCCGUCGAAUGUCAAAUGCUGCACUGUUUACCAUUGCUAAGAAUAGCCCGAACCUAAUUCGUUUCCGUUUGUGCAUUAUUGAGGCCCGUGCUCCCGAUUACUUGACUUAUGAACCACUUGAUGCUGGUUUUGGGGCCAUAGUAGAGAAUUGCAGAGAACUGCGCAGGCUUUCACUUUCUGGGUUUCUCACUGAUCGUGUGUUUGAGUACAUUGGCAAGCAUGCAAAGAAGUUAGAGAUGCUCUCUAUAGCAUUUGCUGGACAGGGUGACUUGGGCCUCCAUCAUGUAUUGUCUGGUUGUGAUAGCCUUCGGAAGCUUGAGAUUAGGGACUGUCCUUUUGGAGAUAAGGCUCUGUUGGCCAAUGCUGCAAAGCUGGAGACAAUGCGAUCCCUUUGGAUGUCUUCUUGCCCAGUAAGUUAUGGAGCUUGCAAGCUGCUAGGACAGAAGUUGCGUAGGGUCAAUGUUGAAGUAAUAGAUGAGAGGGGAACCCCAGAGUCGAGGCCCGAUAGCUGUCAUAUUGAGAAGCUUUAUAUCUACCGGACUCUCUCAGGGCCAAGAGUUGACACACCUGAUUUUAUAUGGACCAUGGAUGAAGAGGGGAAUACACCACAAUGAACUGUUUUCUGGUCAAUGACUUGAUGUAGUUGAAUCUGCAGGUACACACUUAAUUUGCGCAACUCAACUCAUUUUUACGCAACUCAACUCAUUUCUAUGUUCAUCGUAAUAAUGCUUGUAUAGUCACAGUGGAAGCUGAACCGGACAGAAGUUGUUGAAGGCUAUGUCAUAGAGGCUCGAGGGCUCGUGCACCAUAUAAUCUCCUCCUGGCCGAGCUAUAUUCUAGAGAGUGUAGUAAUAAUUUAAUAAAUAGUCGAACUCUUGCUAUAGAUUUAUGUUUCAUGUAUACAACAUAUUCUCCUGGCUGAGCUAUGUUCUAGCAUAACUGCAAAUGUAUGAAACUAAUGUAAACUCUUGCUGUGGAAUUAUGCAUCAUGUAUACAACUCUGGCAAUGUAUUCACAAUUAGUCUCUUGACUUUUUAUUCUGAA